AUGGAGAAAAUAAUAGAUGUUUGCUUUCAUUUUGGGGGAACUUGGAGUAGCACUCCUUUUUUAAGCUACGUCGACGAUGUACAGGAAUUCUUUCCCAACUUUGAUGCUGACUACCUGUCUCUUGAUCACAUUAGGGAAAGGUAUCAUAAGCAUUUUGGAUUCCCUAAUGUGAGCAAGAUUUUCUUUUGCAUCAAUGGAAGGCCCCUGGCAACCCACAUGUUCCUGGCACAAACGGAUGCAGACAUUCUGAGGAUAGUGAACAAGAAGGGUGAUAGAAUUAGGCUUGAUGUUUACUCAGACCAUGAUGUGGACAGCCCUGUUUUUCUUACAGGUGUGCCUACACUGCCCUGGCAUGAUUCUCAAGGAGACAGUGAGCAUAUUGAAGUUUUUGAGGGAGAUAAAGGGCCAACAGUUGAUGUGGUAGUUGAAGGCCCAGGAGUUGAUGUGGUAGAUGAAGGCCCAGGAGUUGAUGUGGUAGAUCAAGGCCCAGGAGUUGAUGAGGUACAUAACAGCCCAAGAGUUGAUGAGGCAAUUAUGGAGGCUGAAGAUGGGCCAAUGGAGGAGCCUGGUUUGCAGGGUGAGGCCCAUUCUGAGAGUAUUGAGGUUGAGGUUGAGGUUGAGGCUGACAGUAUUGAGGUUGAGGCUGAGAAUAUUGAGGUUGAGGCUAAUGUGGGGAAUGAUGCUGAGGGAGGAUGUGAGUCUGAAAAUGUAGAGGGGUCAGAUAUUGAGAGUUCAGAUUCUGAGGGGGCAGAUAAUGAGGUUGAGGGUUCAGAUAAUCAGGUUGAGGGGUCAGAUAUUGAUGUUGAGGGGUCAAAUUCUAAAUCUGAUGAAGAGGGGUCAGAUUCUGAAUCUGUUGAAGAGGGGUCAGAGUCUGGUGGUUCAAAGGCAGAGGGUUCUAAUGCUGCUUCUGGGUCCAAGGUAGAGAGUUCAGAGUCCAGUGGUUCUGAGGGGGAUAAAUCAGAUGGAAAUCAAUCUACUUACUUUUCUGAUUCUGAUUUGGGUUCAUAUGAGGUAGGAGGCAGUGGUAGUGAUGAAGGGACUGCAAAAAGAAGAAAAAGUGGCAAGAGGAAAUACAGUCAGAAAUCAACUUCUGAUCUGGCUGUUGGCAUGACAUUCGCUGAUGCAGUUGAGGUAAGGAAAGCCAUAGCUGAUGUGUCAGUGGCCAAUGGAAAGCCAAUUAAGUUUAUUAAGAAUGAACCCAAUAGAGUUAGGGCAGGCUGUUUUCAAGAGAACUGUCCAUUCUUGUUCUUUGCUGCUAGAGCCUCAAAGGAUGAAAGAAUGAUGAUUAGGACCCUAAAUUUUACUCAUAGAUGUGGUAGGAAGUUUAAAAAUAGGAGUGCAAGUGCUAGAUUUGUGGCUGACAAGUUUGCAAAGAAAUUAAAGCAAAACCCAGGCUUAAAAAGUAGAGAAAUGAAGCAACAGUUGAAAGAAGAUUUUAAGGUGAAUGUGUCAAUUUCCAUAUGCAAGAGGGCAAAGAAAAAAGUGUUGACGGAACUAAACUCCAAUUACAAAGUUGAAUUUGCAAGAUUAGAUGCUUAUGCAGCUGAGAUCAGAAGAACUAAUCCUGGUAGUAGUGUUCAAGUUGAAGUCUGUCCAAUUAUGGAAAGAGAAGGCAGAAGAGUGUUUAGGAGGAUGUUUAUAUGCUUUGAGGCUUGCAAGAGGGGAUGGUUGAAUGGCUGCAGACCCAUCAUAGGCAUGGAUGGCUGUUUUUUGAAAGGAGUGACCCAAGGUCAGCUACUAUGUGUUGUUGGCAAGGAUGGUAACAACCAUAUGUACCCAAUUGCUUGGGCUAUUGUGGAUGUGGAGGACAAAGAUAACUGGAGAUGGUUCCUGGACUGUCUCAUUUUUGCCCUGGACUUGAAGAAUGGUGUUGGCCUGACAAUAAUCUCAGAUAUGCAGAAGGGGUUGGUGCCAGCUGCAAGUGAAGCACUUCCAGAGGCUGAGCACAGAUUUUGUGCUAGACAUGUAUAUGCCAAUUGGAGUAAGGACUGGAGAGGUGGUGAAUUGAAGGUGAAGUUUUGGUCCUGUGCUUGGAGCACUUAUGAGGAAGAAUUGAUUGAAAACUUGAACAAGAUGGCAGCUGACCAUGGUGAUCAAGCACCUCGUGACUUGCUCAAAUACUUACCUAAUAAGUGGUGUAAAGCUUACAUCAGUGCCAGAUGCAAAUGUGACAUGGUAGACAACAAUGUAUCAGAGACAUUCAAUUCUUGGGUGAAUGAGUUUAGAGACAGACCAAUUAUCACACUCCUAGAAGAGAUUAGAAAGAAGGUGAUGACUAGGAUAGCUGAGUACAAGAAGUUCACUUCCACAUGGCAGGGGGACUUCUCCCCUGAUUGCUUGGCUACCUUUGAGAGUAAUUUCCUAUUGAGCACAGACUGUGAGGUCAUCUACAAUGGGGAUGAUAGCUACGAGGUCAGUCAUGGUGAUGACCAACAUACUGUGGUUGUGAAGCAAAAGGCUUGUACAUGCAGGUUGUGGGAUAUUAGUGGGGUUCCAUGUUCACACGCAAUUGCAGCCAUAUACCAUGCUGGUGGGAACCCAUUGGAGUACAUAUGCAAUUGCUUCAACAAGCGUAUGUUUGAGAAUGCAUAUCACUUUGCACUACAACCUGUUAGGGGAGUGAAGUUUUGGCACUGUGAUCAAUACCAGCCAAUUGAACCCCCACCAUUCAAGAAACCACCUGGCAGGCCAAAGAAGAAUAGGGUCAGGGACAAAAGUGAGCCAAAGAAGAAUACGGUUAGGGACAAAAGUGAGCCACAGAGGCCAACAACCUCUCAGAAGUUGGGGAGAGCAGGUGGUCGUGUUACAUGUGGUCUAUGUAAAGGGGUAGGCCACAACAAAAAAACCUGCAAAAACAAAAAUGAUAGUCCUUCUACUAUGGAGAAUGAGGGACCAGCAGCAGUAAGGGGGGGACCAGCAGUGGUGAGAGAGGAACCAGCAGUUGUGAGAGAGGGACCAACAAUGGUAAGAGAGGGACCAGCAGUUGUGAGAGAGGGACCAGCACAACCUACUCAUGUCAAUGUUGGUACUGGAGGACCACCAUUAACUCAAGAAUCAACGAGCUUUCCAAAAACUUUCCAGGGAAAUGCAAGGCAAAAACUGAAAGUGAGAAAAGCACUUGCUAGAGACUAUGCAAAGAAUAUGGGCAAAGAACAGCUCAACAGUGGUGUUGGGGUGACUUAUGAUCCCCCAACUGGCAAGACUUCUUUUUUGGGCUCAACCACUGCCUCCCAAGUUGUUGAUCCUGGAAAUGUGGCAGCUGCCCAACAACACACGGAUGCGUGGUCCUUCAGGUAUGCACUAAGGCAGAGGAACCCACUAUUGGCUCCAACAAAAAGGACAAGUACAGAAGGGUUGAGGAAAAUCAAUUUUACUCCAGAUGGUCAAGGUCCAGUGAAUUUGCCUUUCAAAGAUGUGACAUACAAGGGAAAUCCUGCUGUAACCUUAACCCAAUUGCAGAGCCAAGCCAAAAAAAGGAAGACAUCUACAAGGAAUGAAGAAAGCAGUGAGCAGUUGCCACAAUCCCAACCUAUUAUGACCAGAAGGAAGCAACAAGUUCAAGCAGAAAACACUGCAUAGGGGCUGCCAUUUUUUGUGAAAUAUUUUGGAUACUGCAUUUUGUA